UAUUUAUAAACCCAUCCAACUUCCUAAUGAAAACCCAAAGGGCAUUUUUUUUUUCUUUUUAUAAGCAAUCAGAUAUGAAGCUAAAAUUACUCCAAUGGCUCUUCUUGAUCAUCCUAUGCUUGCAAGCAUUUUUGGGUUUGGCACAUGAAAUCACUCUUACCCAUACAUAUACUGCAGAUUCUAAGCUAUUGGGACAAACUGGAGGAGAAAAGGCACAGCCUCAUGAUUCAAAAAAUGUGAAGAUUGGGUUAGAGGAAGUGAAACUCUUACCUGUGAGUGGCCAUAAAGGGAAGGGAAAUGGAGCUUAUGGUGGUGGGGACAUAAAUCCACGACCUACUAAGACUAAUGGGAAAAGUGAUGCAUCCACCCUCUUGGCAAGGCCUUCUUCAAUCAUCUCACUUGGUCUGGUGCAAGUGAUCAUCAUAAGAUUACUAGUUGUUUUCCACAUCUUAUUUUGAAUUUAUGUUUGAUUACUUCAAUAUUGUCUAAGUGUGAGAUGUGAUUUAAAUUAGUUACCAUUUGGUGUAAGUUCUAGUACUUUCUCUUCCCUUGUCAAUCAAUAUUUAAGCCAUGUUGAAUCUUUGACCUUA